AAAAACCCAAAGAGAAAAGAGUCCCACUGCCACUUCCAAGUUCCAACGAGCGAGGCGAAGCUGCCGGGCCAAUCCAGCGUCUGCGCGCGGAGCCGGAGGUGAGGGGAGGGCCGAGGGCGCCAUGGCGGCGGCGGCGGCGGCGAAGGACGCGGCGGUGACGCUGAGCAGCGGGUACCGGAUGCCGGCGGUGGGGCUGGGCGUGUGGCGGAUGGACAAGCCGGACGUCCGCGGCCUCAUCCACGCCGCGCUCCGACUCGGCUACCGCCACCUCGACUGCGCCGCUGACUACCAAAAUGAAGCAGAAGUUGGUGAUGCACUCGCAGAGGCAUUUCAGACUGGACUUGUCAAGAGGGAGGAUCUGUUCAUCACAACCAAGCUUUGGAACUCAGAUCACGGCCAUGUGCUUGAAGCCUGCAAGGAUAGCUUGAAGAAGCUACAGCUAGAUUAUCUCGAUCUCUAUCUUAUUCACUUCCCAGUAGCUACCAGGCAUACAGGAGUUGGCACAACUUCUAGCGCUCUCGGUGAUGAUGGCGUACUAGACAUUGAUACCACUAUCUCAUUGGAAACAACAUGGCAUGCAAUGGAAGAACUUGUUUCCAUGGGACUAGUGCGCAGCAUCGGAAUCAGCAACUACGACAUCUUCCUCACUAGAGACUGCUUGGCCUAUGCCAAGAUAAAGCCUGCAGUGAACCAAAUCGAGGUGCACCCCUACUUCCAGCGCGAUUCUCUUGUCAAGUUCUGCCAGAAGCAUGGGAUCUGCGUCACCGCGCAUACCCCCUUGGGUGGCUCCACUGCCAACACCGAGUGGUUCGGGUCGGUCUCGUGCCUUGACGACCCUGUCAUCAAGAGCUUGGCUGAGAAGUACGGCAAGACACCAGCACAGCUUGUCCUCCGGUGGGGUCUGCAGCGGAACACGGUGGUGAUCCCCAAGACCUCCAAGUUGGAGAGGCUGCAGGAGAACUUUGAGGUCUUCGAUUUCGACAUCUCCGGCGAGGACAUGGAGAAGAUGAAGGCCGUCGACAGGAAGUACCGGACUAACCAGCCUGCCAAAUUCUGGGGCAUCGACCUGUUUGCUUAGCUUAUUUCAGCUGCAUGCAUCUCAGUCUCAGCCUCCCAUAUGUGUGGUACGGUGUGUGGACAUUAUUCCUGAACCAUUGCUCCAUCUGUUGCUCCCAGGGCCCAGAUAGCAUCAAUAAUAAGGAUUUCGAUCCUCAUCUUCCAUCACGUGUGUGUGUGACUGUGUGGUUGAUGUUGGCGUUUUGUCAUAACCACAUGUUCCUUUCUCUUUCA